AUGCCGCAGGUAAUGGUGGUGGCACGGAACUUCAUGGAUAUGGUGGCUGCUCUUCCUGCUGGCAAGCUUGAUAUGCUCUAUGACUCAGCCUUUAUCUGUGAGGCGGUACUCAGGUCACUUCCCCCACUGGCAAAGAAGUAUGCACUGCAGAUGUUGUAUGUGCUGGCACCGGUGACCGCUGCAGCAAUGGAAGAGUGGAUGCUCAAUGAAUACGCUGCCAAGCACAAGGUUGCCAUUGAUAAGCUUCUCCAACUCAGGGUCUUUGUCGAAGUGCGCGACAGUGGAAGUUUACCAAGGGAACCUUUACCAUUAAGUGUCACUGGUCGAUUGCCCACUCCAGCAGAUCUGGAAGCCUAUGCUCUUGAUCAAUGGGAGUGCUUCUUGUUGCAAUUGAUCAAUUCAUCCCAAGUCGAAAAAGGGACAAGUUUUAGCUCCUCCAUGAUGAAGACAUUUCAGCGUGGUCUUCUGAGUUCAAGGGACGGUGAAGCUUCAAAGUUGACUGAGAAUGGCUUCCAAUUUCUUCUGAUGGAAACAAAUGCACAACUUUGGUACAUAAUGAGAGAAUACAUUUCAUCUGCAGAGGAACGUGGAGUGGACCCUACGGAGCUGAUAUCAUUUCUCUUGGAACUUAGCUUUCAUAAAUUGGGAGCGGCUUAUAGCUUGAAUACUCUGAGUGAUAUCCAAAGGAUUGCCAUCAGGGAUCUUGCAGAAUUGGGACUAGUCAAACAGCAGCAGGGUCGAACGGAUCGCUGGUUCAUUCCUACCCAACUGGCUACUAAUCUCUCAGCAAGCUUGUCAGAUUCAUCAUCUAACAAAGAGGGAUUUGUGGUUGUUGAGACAAACUUUCGAAUGUAUGCAUACUCUACUUCCAAACUGCACUGUGAAAUUCUACGCCUUUUUGCAAGGGUGGAGUAUCAACUUCCAAACCUCAUCGUAGGAGCUGUUACAAAAGAAAGUAUCUAUGGUGCUUUUGAGAAUGGAAUAACUGCUGAGCAGAUAAUUUCAUUUCUUAGACAAAAUGCUCACCCUCGUGUUGCUGACAAGAUACCCGUUGUCCCGGAGAAUGUCACAGAUCAGAUUAGGCUGUGGGAAACUGACCGCAACAGGGUUGAGAUGAUUCCAUCACAUCUGUACGAAGAUUUCCCUAGCAAGGAAUGGUUUGAACAAUGCUGUGAUUAUGCAAGGGAUAGUGGGUACUUGCUCUGGGAGGACUCUAAGAGAAUGAGACUGAUUGUACGAGGGGAGUUCCACCCUGAAAUGAGGGAGUUCCUCCGCAGGCAAAGAUGA